CGAAGCAGCGGGACUCGCGGCUGCUCCUGCUCCUCUCGCCUGGUUCGGUUCUUCGGCACUCGGUUGUGGGUUGUGUCAGCCCUCGGUGGCUUUUGCUCUGUUAGUUGCCUGCGCGUAACCAAGCUGACUGGGCGAGUUUUGUUAGUUGAUACACCGGUUGGGUAGAAAUUUUCACCGAAGUUUAUCGAUUUGAAUUAAAAUUUAAUAAAAAUAUUAAUAAUAAUUGCUAAUAAAGUAAAACAUAUAUAAAUAUAUAUAUAUAUAUAUCUACACACAUUACGAAUAUAUAUUGAUAUAUCUAUUACACGAAAAAGUGCGAGAGAUACAUGGGUGAUCGGUAAUAAUAAUAUAAUAAAGAGAUUAUUAACAUUGAACGAAGAAACAAUUAAUUGUAGUCAACGAAUCGUUGUUAUCAAUUGUAAUAAAAUAAAUAAUUAAUUCAGUCCGUUCCUCGUGAGCCAGUGAAUUCGAUUAAUAAAAAUAUAAUUUUAAAAAAUAUAUACACCGUCGUUGUCGAUACUGACUGUGUUCGGCUGACUUUGUUAUAGAUAAAAGAGAGAAAAAAAAAACUGUGUGUGAUACUCGAAGAGUUCAAUAGCUGAGUGAAAGGAGAAGUGAUUUAUUUCAACGGGUAAUACGACCAAAUAAAACGAAUCCUUACGAAUCAUUGCAAUCCGAGCUUCCGGAAAAUAAGCGGCAGCGACGCAACGAAUAAAAAUUAAAAAAGCUCGAGAAGACAGACACAUAAGAAGAAAAUGGGUGCGCGACAAAGCAAAAGGUCCGUGGAUAUCACGACGACACCUAAAAAGGACGGUCCUCCGGCCGAAGGAGGAGUCGCAGGAGACGCGGGAGCGCCCGGUGAUGGAAAACUCGAAAGAAUCGAGGAGAGCGAUGGCAAACCGACGACCAACGGUACCGCACCUCACGCCGAAGUCGCGGUAAUCGACGAAAAAGACAAGGACAAGGAACAGGAAAAGGAAAAAGAUAAGGACAAAGACGAGGAUACCGAAAAGGAGGACGUUAAAGUCGAGGAUACCAGACCAGAGUCAAACACAGAGGCGCCGGCAGAAGCUGAAGAGGUCACGACACCCACUGACGGUGUCACACCGACCAGUCCGGACUCCGCCACUUCCCCCGAGAGCAAAGACGCCAAGAAGAAGGACAAGAAAAAGAAAUGGUCCUUCAGGUCGCUGAGCUUCGGUAAAAGGGACAGAAGCAAGACGGCACGCGAAGAUGCUCCUAAGAACGGUGAUGUCACCAAAGAAGAACCACUCGCCGAGGGUGGUGAAGAAGCCGAAGCUGCAGUUCCAGUCGAGGAAUGUUCCGCCGAAGAGAAGACCGGAGUAAGCAGCCCAACCAUCGAAUCUGCUCCUGCGUCUGCCGAAGUCAAGGAGGAAGACAAGGCUGCCCCUGCCUCUCCUACCCCUGUUGAAGAAAAGAAAAAGGAACCCACUCCUGCCCCCACUCCUGUCCCUGUUGAGGAAAAGAAAGAGGAAAUCGAAAAAGUCGAAUCUGUGGUUGCUGAGAAAGAGGUCAGUCCAGUACAGGCCAUAGCUGCCCCGAUAGGAGCAACUCGAGCUCAGCCAAUUGCGACACCGUCUAUCAUUGAGAGGAAAACCAGUGAGGACCUCCCGCCCCCACUUCCUUCCAGCCCUCCACCAACCCCUAUCGAUCCAUCCCCUUUGCAGCAAGCUCAGCAUGCCGCUGCUAAUGCAUCGGCACUAGCCGAAGCAUUGAAGGUGCCUGCCGAGGCUGCUAGUAUGGCAUCACAGAUAGCUACAGAGCUCGUCGAACCAGUUCAGUCCGUUGACGAUUCAAAAAUAAUUGUCGCUACAGAGUCUAAUACCGUUGAGUCAAGUACCGUUGAGUCGAAUACCGUUGAGUCAAAUAUCGUCGAAUCGAGUUUAGCAUCCGAAUCCCUGCCUGUUGCCGUUACGGAUAUCCCGAAGGAAAUCGAAACUAACUUGCUUGCGGAGACGGCACAGAGUACUCCUGUCCCCGUAGAGGAGUGCGUAAAUGUAUCGGAAAUCGUCAAGUCGGUGGAAUCUGUUCCUGAGGAGAUUCCAGAAUCUUUGAUUGAAAAUGCUAUCAGUGAAGAAAUUGCGAGUUUGCCAAAGUCUGUUGAAGAGUUGACAGUCAAUUUGGAAAGUGAGUCGCAGAGUAUAGUAGAAAAUGGUGUGUCUGGGCUGGACUCGGCAUUACCAGAAGCUUUGAGUAAUAUUGUUGCAGAAAAUAUUGAACCUAUAAUUGUGGCUCAGGAAAGCGAGCUUCAGAAUAAAGGUGACUUGGUCAUUCAGUCGGAGGAAGGUCCACUUCCGCUGACUGAAGACGAUUUUGCCGAAGCCUUGGUCGAAGCUAAACCGGCAUAUGUGGUUACUGCAGAUGAUGAGAUGAUUAAUCUUGAAAGGUCGAUAGAGUCGCAAAAAAUUGUGUCAGAAUCUGAUACGGUUGAUGUUGUUGAAAUCUCAGAAAUUAGUCCAACCCCCGAAACUGUACUGCCCGAUACGGAAUUUGUUUUAUUAGAGAAGACAGAAGUCAAUGCUCCCGAAGUCACUACCGUUUAUGAAAAGCAAGUGCCAAAUGAAUCUGGUACGCCCACGAUAAUUGAUUUAGUUGAGGAUGCCGUUCCGCCUCUACCAGAGUCGCCAAUCCCGAACUACGAGAAAUCUCAGGAUAUCGGUGAAUUGUUAACAGAAAAAAUUAACGACUCGGCUGAUCUAAUAAAUGGCUUGACGGAGGUUGUUGCUGCUUUGUCUAUCAAAUCGAACGAUAUAACUGGAAAUUUUGAUUCUGAAGUAGUUUUUGAUCCCAUUGAGGAAAUAAGGGCCUGUCAUAUGUCUGCAGAGGGAGUUAUUAGUCCUGCAAAAGAAUCUCUGCAAGAACUGUCCAGCUCUGUAACAGACAUUUUAAAUGAUAUUACUUCUCCGUCCGAGAAACUCGCGAGUCCGACAAAUGAAUUAUUAUCGGAACUGUCGACCUGUCCUCUUCCAGCUAAAGACAUUUCAGACGUGUUGAACGAUCUUCCUGCGCCACCCAAUGAAGUGUCCAACGGCAACGUGGAGCCCCUAAUUUGCUCGUUGCCAACCAAAGACCUUCCCGAUCCUGUCGACAAUACCUUGGAACAACCCAUUCUCUGUCCAGUUGUCCCCAAAGCACCUUCAGCUCCUGAAUCGAUUGUUGAAAAUGGAAAUUCUAUUGAAGAAAUUCUAGCCCUGAAAAAACCUAGUCCUGCGAAUCUUCUACUAUCACAAAAAGAAUCUUCGCAAACGCAAUUAAUCGAUGACCAGAGCAAUCAAGAAUUCGAAGUGGAGUCGCUUUCGCAAAGCCUUAAUUCGUACAAUGAUUCGGAUGUUCAAUUGAAGGAGAGAUUAGCGGAAUCUGAGGGAAUAAAUGGAGUGGAAAAUGGGCCCAGUUGUCUAUUGUUAAGUGCUGCAACAACCGCUGUGCCGGAGAACGCCCAGAAAACCCCAGAGCCAGAAGCACUUGCUGAAAACCCAGCUGAAAUAAGUACGACAGAGAGUGUGAACGAAGUUCCAGCAAGUCCUGCUCCAGCAGUACCAGCUGAAAUCUCAAUUCUUCCGCCUUCGGAACCCGCUAUUACCGAAGACGUUGCCUCUGUGACCAAGGCUAUUGAGGAAAUCGAUAUAAGCGACAAGGCAGUAGCGGCUGCGGUCAAUGAAGCUAUCGAAAGCGCUAACACAAACGAGCUUGUCACCGAUUCGGUCCACCAAAAUAAUAUCAUGAACGAAUAAGCGGCGCUAAACCGAAUUGUAUUUUGGGAAGAAGAAAGUUUCUUUUUUUCUCUCGUUAAAACCAAAAAAGUAUAUGGUAUAUAUAUAUAUACACGUAUAUACAUAUGUAUGUAUAUAUAUAUUUAUAUAUUUGGACCAUUCCUGCAACUAAACAGAAAAUAACGUUCUUUUAUUACGAGCAGCAGCAAGAAGCGAUUGUUAUGUAACAUUGUGAGAGCAUACAGACUUUAUAGUAGACCUAUUAAUUAUUAACUAUUUGAUAGGAAAAUCUUUGGAAACAAAAAUGCGAAAUAAGAACAAGGAUAAAUAAUUUAAUAAUCGGAAUGAAAGUAAUUCUAAUUAAUUGGUUUUCAAAAAUAUCAAAUACGUAUUACUGAUGUUCGCUCGAGCGAUAAUUUUUUCAUAAGAUAGGCGAAAAGAUGGCGUUUUAUCCUUGGGCCGUGCCCAUCGCAGGUGACAAUUUUCCUGCCAUGUAGAAAUUUUAAAGUGUCAUUAAUUAUUAUUAAGCCGAACAAAAUACGAAAUGAUUAUUAUUGAGAAGCGUGAGCUUCGAAGCUAAAUGGAGUGAGAUAGGCGGAAGUACGGCUCGGGUACUCCGAGGGAAAUACUCAAAGGGCGAGGCCCUACCCAUAUUGAAUCCGAAACAGCAACAACACACCGUUCACAACGUUGACGGAGAAAUAAAAGCAAAUAUACAGGUAUGCAAAAAUGCAGAAAUGCAUUUAAAUACACGGAACAACAAUACACCCGUACGGAUAAAACGUAGUAUGAACAUGAUACACUCACUUCUGAACUGUGCAUACGUUUAGUUAUUUUCCUCGUAUUUUUUUAAACUACAAUGUUCUUGUAUUUAUACCAUUUGAGAUGUUUUAAGUUGUAAUAAAGAGCUGCGCACACACAACACUAAUCACACGGUACAUAAAUGGAGUAAAUAUACAGUGAGGUUGAGCGUUUAGGUGAUGUGAUCUAUGAACAGAGACGCGUCGCUCGACCCUUGCGAUGCUAAUUCUCCUUAUCAAAUACUUACAAAGCAUACGGUAAAUUUAUGAUAAUUAUUAAAUAUUGCCUAAUUACAAUUACGAAGCCCGCACAACCAAUACCCAAUACCCAAUACCCAAACACCUUUUACAAAUUUUUCAUACGAUAUUUCUACGUUUAUACGAAUCUCCAAAAGUAAAGGUAAUUAAUUAAUUAUGAAAGAUUUUAUUAGGCUCGUAGCGUAGAGAGUAUAAAAUUAAACGGAACUAAAAUAUCCAUAUGUACGCCCCCAAAUCAGAAUUAUUAUUCUAAGUGUUAGAAGAAGGCGUGUGGCCAUUGCUCUCGAUCGUGGUUGGUUUUAAACGAUAAAUUGAUAACCAAGACGAUGAAAAAAAGAAGAAGGAGAAGAAAAAAUAGAAGAUUAAUAAAAAGAAGUAGAUGAAGAUGGAAGUAAAAUUAAAAAUUGUAUAGUAAACCCUACUCUUAUGGAUUUUAAUUAUUAUCUGUAAUAAUGGUUACAACGAAAUUCAAUGUCCUUUCAAAAUAAGAUUUGAUGGUAAACUCAAAUCUAUUUAAAAUUCCCAAAGCGACUGAUCUGCACCUAAUAUCAACUAUAUAUAAAAUAUCAAAUUCGAAACGUCCUUGCAACUUAAUCCCCCGUUAUCGUAUGUUGUAUUGGAGACGAUAUAUUUUAACGUGUUUUUUGAUUCGUGGACGUCUUCGAUAUCGAAAUUCAGUUUUCAGUGUCUUUGAUCCGCAGUUAUAAUAGUAACUAAACUAUUCUACAUUUAUCUAUAACAUAUAAUAAACUGUGAAAUAAGUGUAAA